AUGAAUGUCCUAAUGUGGAAUACUCGAGGGGCUGCCAAGAAAGAUUUUGGUAGUACUCUUAAGUCCAUGGUCAGGAAAAAAUCUGUUGAUAUUGUUGUUCUUCUUGAAACCAGAACUCAAAGCGAGAGUCUCUCUUCCUACAGGAAUUCAUUUCAUUUCACUGCUAUUUAUGCUAGUCCUUCUCAAAAUGUUAGAAAUAAUCUUUGGGAGGAUCUUAGAAAACUUAGUGAAACUAUGAAUAGACUGUGGCUGUUGGGUGGUGAUUUUAAUGAAAUAGCUUACACACAUGAGAAGAUAGGGGGUGUUCCAGCUAACCUAACCAAGUGUGCUAAUUUUUCUUCUGUGCUUGAAGACUAUCAAGUGACAGAUUUGGGCUGUGAUGGUCCUCUAUUCACCUGGAAAGGUCCUAAAUGGACCAAUUUGAGGAGAAUUUUUAAACGGCUUGACAGAGUUGUAGCGAAUUUGGAGUGGAGAAUGAUGUUUGAUGAUGCUAGAGUGUCUUCCCUUCCUCGGAUAUUAUCUGAUCACAAUCCUCUAUUAAUAAAGUUAUUUGAAAAUUCAGAUAAGAAAGUUUUUGGGGAUAUUGAUAGAAGGAAAAAUAGUAUUACCCAAAAAAUUGCCAACAUCCAGAAUGAUUCUCAAGCUCUAUUGAAGUUGGAGAAUGAUUAUCAGAAUAUGCUCAUUAAUGUUCUUCGUGAAGAGGAGCUUUUUUGGUUUCAAAAGUCCAGGAAGAAAUGGAUUGCGUACGGAGAUAGAAAUACUCGUUUUUAUCAUCUCAGUACGGUUGUAAGAAGGAAUUCGAAUAAAAUCUUCAAGCUUAAAAAUGAUGGUGAGGCUUGGAUUUCAUAUCCUGAUGAUCUCAAAAACAUGGCUUGCAAUUUCUUCAAAACUCUUUUCACCGAAGACAUAUGUGACAGAAGGUGGAUUUCUUCAGGAAACCUUUGGCCUGAACUUAUAGAGCCGGAAAAGGAUUCUUUAAGCAAAGUCCCGGAUGAGAUGGAAAUUAAACAAAUAACUUUCAGCAUGGAGCAUUCAAGGCACAAGCAAGCUUAUUGUGAGUCGUCUGAAACCAAUUAUGAAGAAAGUAAUUCUCCUGCUCAAUCUAGUUUUGAGCCCCAGCGCCAUAUUCAAGAUAUUAUCAUCAUUGUGCAAGAACUGAUUCAUUCUAUCAGGAGAAUGCAGGGUAAGAAGUGUUUUAUGGUGAUUAAGGUGGAUCUUGAGAAAGCUUAUGAUCGUUUAAAUUGGAAGUUCAUUCAUAGAGUGCUUGAUUAA